ACGAGACUUGAGAAAGAGCCGAGCCGGGGAGCGAAGAGACUCGGGAAGCGCUAGGGGAAUCCAGGCACGCGGGGAUCCUGGAGCGGCAGUUUUGCAUUCGAUGAAUUAAUUAGUCGCGCCGCCCAUCCUGAGUUUCACCAUCUAUCUGAUCUGUUGCUUCCUACGGGCCGGUGCUAUAGUUUGCUGAUCGGAGGCGCUCAGUUUGAGCCUGGCUUUUGUCGAGAUAUUUGGUGUCAGCCGAUUACUUAUUACUGGAGUAAUUUAUCUGUUUAACGAACGCUGCCCAUUCAGCUAAAACUUUUUUUUUUAGAUUGAGACCGCCAGACUUUAAACUUUUAACUCGUUCGCCUCCCGUUCCAUCCGUUUGCUCCAUCAUCUUUGUUCUACCGAUUCUUCCUCGAUUUGGGGCGUUCUGAGAGCGGAUUUUUGCCUCUGGUCCAGUUGCAGUUGGGCGCUUGGCACUUACCUGCCUCCACAAUCGGUUUCGUCCACGCGCAGCCCUUACCCAGCUAGACCCACGCCGCCUUCGUCUCCUCCCCACUUCUUGCUCAAACCAGGAUCCGACAAGCCCCGUUGGGAACAGCUGGAACAUGAUAGCUUCGCAUCUGCUCGCUUAUUUCUUCACAGAACUCAACCAUGACCAAGUGCAGAAGGUUGACCAGUAUCUCUAUCACAUGCGUCUCUCAGAUGAAACUCUUCAGGAGGUCUCUAAGCGGUUCCGAAAGGAGAUGGAGAAAGGGCUUGGGGCUGACACCCACCCCACGGCUUCUGUGAAAAUGCUGCCCACUUUUGUGAGGUCCACACCUGAUGGAACAGAAGAUGGAGACUUCCUUGCUCUGGACCUUGGAGGAACCAACUUCCGUGUACUGCGAGUAAAAGUUACAGACAAUGGCCUCCAGAAAGUAGAAAUGGAGAACCAGAUCUAUGCUAUUCCAGAGGACAUCAUGCGUGGCAGUGGGACCCAGCUAUUUGACCACAUUGCUGAAUGCCUAGCCAACUUCAUGGAAAAACUACAGAUCAAGAAUAAGAAACUCCCUUUGGGAUUUACCUUCUCAUUCCCAUGCCAUCAGACCAAACUGGAUGAGAGUUUCCUGGUUUCAUGGACUAAAGGGUUCAAAUCCAGUGGUGUGGAAGGGAGAGAUGUGGUAUCCCUGAUCCGGAAAGCCAUCCAAAGGCGAGGGGACUUUGACAUUGAUAUUGUAGCUGUGGUGAAUGACACUGUGGGGACCAUGAUGACCUGUGGCUAUGAUGAUCAAAACUGUGAGAUUGGCCUCAUUGUGGGAACUGGCACCAAUGCUUGCUAUAUGGAGGAGAUGAGAUACAUUGAUGCGGUAGAAGGAGAUGAAGGGAGGAUGUGCAUCAACAUGGAAUGGGGCGCCUUUGGAGAUGAUGGAGUACUCGAUGACAUCCGCACAGAGUUUGACAGAGAGAUUGAUAUGGGCUCACUCAAUCCUGGCAAGCAACUAUUUGAGAAGAUGAUCAGUGGCAUGUACAUGGGGGAACUUGUCAGGCUCAUCCUGGUGAAGAUGGCCAAGGAAGAAAUGCUUUUUGGUGGGAAGCUUAGUCCGGACCUCCUCACUACUGGCCGCUUUGAGACCAAAGAUGUAUCUGAUAUUGAAGGGGAAAAGGAUGGCAUUAAGAAAGCCCUCGACAUUCUGACUCGGUUGGGCCUGCAACCAUCCCAGGAGGACUGUGUGGCCACACAUCGCAUCUGCCAGAUCGUAUCUACCCGCUCAGCCAACCUGUGUGCAGCUACUCUUGCUGCCGUUCUUCGACGUAUCAAGGAAAAUAAAGGUGAUGACCGACUCCGUUCCACUAUUGGAGUAGAUGGCUCCGUCUACAAGAAGCACCCACAUUUCGCCAUCCGUCUCCACAAGGCCGUCAGACGUCUGGUGCCAGAUUGUGAUGUCCGCUUUCUCCGCUCAGAAGAUGGCAGUGGCAAGGGGGCUGCCAUGGUGACAGCCGUGGCAUACCGUCUGGCUGACCAACACCGGGCUCGACAGAAGAUCCUGGAAGCUCUGAAGCUGAGCCAUGAUCAGCUGUUGGAAGUCAAAAAGAAGAUGAAAAGAGAUAUGGAGCGUGGCCUGGGCAAAGAGACACAUGCUGCCGCUUCUGUCAAGAUGCUGCCAACUUAUGUGUGUGCGACACCUGAUGGUACAGAGAAAGGUGACUUCCUGGCCCUAGACCUUGGUGGGACAAACUUCCGAGUGCUACUGGUGCGUGUGAGAAAUGGGAUGAGACGAGGUGUAGAAAUGCAUAACAAGAUCUACGCCAUUCCUCAAGAAGUCAUGCAUGGCACUGGGGAUGAGCUCUUUGAUCACAUUGUCCAAUGCAUUGCGGACUUCCUGGAAUACAUGGGAAUGAAAGGAGUGUCUCUACCCUUGGGCUUCACCUUCUCCUUCCCUUGCCAGCAGAAUAGCCUGGAUGAGAGUAUUCUCCUGAAAUGGACAAAGGGCUUCAAAGCAACUGGUUGUGUGGGAGAGGAUGUGGUUGGCCUGCUGAAGGAUGCCAUUAAUCGACGAGAGGAAUUUGAUCUGGAUGUUGUUGCUGUUGUGAAUGACACUGUGGGUACCAUGAUGACUUGUGGCUACGAAGACCCUCACUGUGAAGUGGGACUCAUAGUUGGCACUGGUAGUAAUGCCUGUUACAUGGAAGAGAUGCGUAACGUGGAGCUAGUGGAAGGGGAUGACGGGAGGAUGUGUAUCAACAUGGAGUGGGGUGCUUUUGGGGAUGAUGGCUGCCUGGAUGAUAUCCGAACUGAGUUUGACUUGGCUGUAGAUGAGCUUUCACUCAACCCAGGAAAACAGAGAUUUGAGAAGAUGAUUAGUGGCAUGUACCUAGGAGAGAUUGUACGCAACAUUCUCAUCAACUUCACCAAACGUGGACUGCUGUUUCGUGGACGGAUCUCAGAACGACUGAAGACAAGGGGGAUAUUUGAAACCAAAUUUUUAUCUCAGAUUGAGAGUGAUUGCUUGGCCUUGCUUCAAGUCCGAACCAUCCUGCGGCACCUGGGCCUGGAGAGCACCUGUGAUGACAGUAUCAUUGUCAAAGAGGUCUGCACCGUAGUGGCGAGGCGAGCAGCCCAGCUGUGUGGGGCCGGCAUGGCAGCCGUAGUGGACAAAAUACGGGAGAACCGCCAGCUGGAUUCACUCAAAGUCACCGUAGGGGUCGAUGGGACUCUAUACAAGCUACAUCCCCACUUUGCAAAAGUCAUGCACGAGACAGUGAAGGAGCUGGCUCCCAAGUGCGAUGUUUCCUUCUUGGAGUCUGAGGACGGCAGUGGGAAGGGAGCCGCUCUCAUCACUGCUGUGGCCUGCAGGAUCCGAGAUGCUGGACAGCGAUAGAGAAAUAACUGAGCCCAGGGAAGAAGUAUCAGGGGCUUUUUCUUGACUGCCUCCUCUUUCCCUUUUUUUUUUUUUUUUUUUUUUUUUAAAAGAAGAAAAACAUCCUCUGGUAAAUUGUAAGUGAACUUGUACCAUGCUGAAUCUCCAUACCCUGGUGUCACAGACUGACUCCCUUGCCUUUUUUUCUUUUUAAAAAAAAUUUAAUAGGACACCAUGGUCCUACAUUUUGUCCUGAGUUCUGUUGAGUGCCCAGAACUUGCACCUUCGCAGGUUUAGCCAAGUAUCAUGUGGCUGUAUUCACAAAUCCAGUCAGUUCUCAUCUCCUUCAAAAGCCAGCAAUCUUUAGUUUUUGCUAACCUCUCCAUCAUCCAGUGAAAGGCAACAACACCCAGAGUGCUCCUGGGUUUCUCUCCACUCUGCAUGCAGGGCACAUCUGUAGGAUCUUUUACAAUGGCGUGCUUGAUGAUGUUAGCCUCUACAGCUUAGAGGCAGCAAAAUCUAGGAGAUGCUAGAUCCUUACUUCAACCCCUGGCCCAAGAUAUCUGUGAUCUGGGGUGCAGCAGAGCUUCCACAAGAUCUUGGGCAUCUGCCUUUUUCCCUGAGCCUCCAUAAAAGUAUAAAGAAGGACUGACUUCAAUGAGAGUGACCUGGAAGCCCAGAUGUGGGAGUGCAGAGGUGGGCUGCCUCUCCUGGUAUGGUUCUGCGCACUCGACAGCUGCCAGCAAGCCAUGAGCCUGUUUGCUGGCUGUCCCUUUCUCUAGAAGUGAAAACACUGUAUUUUCCAGCUGUCUGUAGAGCAAGGUUUAUUAAGUCUGCCAAGUCGGUCUGUACCUGAUAGUGUAGGUAAUGUGUGAAGUUUAUAUGUGUUAUAUUUAUAUAUAGUUUCUUUUAUGUACAUAGUCACAUAAACUGCUCAGACUAUCCAUGGGAAUAAAAUUAUGUAGUUCAAAGUCAGAAACACAAAGUUGCUGUGCUCCUUUUGCAGAUGGUUUCUUACUAUGUUAUGAGGAGAGGGAGGGUUAAGGAAGGUGGUGACACAGUGACUGUGUCUUUGCUUGUCUGUCUCCUCCCUCCUUCCUUGGGGCAGUGUGGAUACUUAGGGGUGGCAGGGGUGGGUAGCACACUCAAACCAACCAUGGUAAAGUGGCUGCCUUGUCUUCUUUCCUGGGGGAACCAGACCACAGCCAUGAAGCUUGAUCUCACUGCCAUGGGCCCCCCUCUUUAUUUGUACAGUUCACAGCCGUGUAGGAAGAUCAGUCCACACAUGACAUCCAGCAGAGAGCAAUGAGCCAAAGGGAAGGGAAGCCAUUUCAACUCGACUCAUACCCCAGAGUCCUAAUUCCCAACAGUUUUCUUGUGCAGUCUGCAGGAGGAGGUAUCAUAGCCCUUUGUCGUAGAGAGAUAGGUCCAGAGACAUAGUUCAGUCUUAUAAUAUGACCAUUCACUGGCCCAUCAAAAACAUUGAAAACAAAACCACCCACACCCAAAACUCUGGGGCAACCAGGUUGGCUGGCUGUUUGCUGCCAGCAAAUUGUAUUUGGGGUUUAUUUUGUAAAUAUUUCACAUGAGAUGGUGUCUGGCAAUGUCUGUACCAGUGUGUGUGGCUCCCAUUGGUCUGGCGUCCAUCAGUACUUUUGUGUAUUUUUAUAUAGUCUUUGUUUCAAGCUGCUGGGCACGAUGAGGGUGCCAAGUGAUGCUGCUCUGUGUGCUUUGCAUUGCAAGAGCACAAAUCUGGAAGCCUGUUUCUGGGGAGAAUCUCUGAAAUGUUUAUGUUUUUUAUAAGCUUAAACUAUAUAUACAUAUAUAUAUAUAUAUAUAAAAUAGAGAAUGACCCUGAGAUGCAGCUUAAGUAGAUAGAAGAAUCCUAAUAGUGUAAAUUAAAAAAAAAAUGAUUUAGUGGGAUUUUAAGUUAACAAAAUUAAAAUAUGGUAGGGUGGGAUCAUAGAAUAUAUAGAUCAUGGGAGCUGGAAGGGAAUGUUAGCAUUUAGAAGGUAAAGUGCUAGACCUGGAAGAGACCUUAAAAUUUGAAAGUAUAACUGACCCCCUUAUUUUGGAGAAAACAGGACCAGUGAAAAAAGGAGAAAUUACUUGCCCAAAGUCAGGAACAAGUUUAAUAGUAGAACCAGGAAAGGAACCAGGGAUUCUUAUCCUUGAGCUUCCUCAUUUUAUUGUAGGCUGCCUCCCAAGAUAAAACCAACUAGAAAAUGACAUAUGUUGUAAUUGUUUUAAAAUAUAAAAGCUGUUCUAGCAAGGUUGGUCUGAUAGGUGACCAGAUAACUUUUGGCCAGGACUGGCUGGUUUUGAUGACUUUGAUUGGGUGGACGGACAUUCUGGGAAAGGUCCCAUGGCAAGUGUAGGAGGACAACUGCAUAUAUUUUUUGACCAAGUGUGAAGCAUAUCCUUUGGCUUUGUGAAUCGCCAUAGCUAGUCUCAGCUAGUGUAACAGCUAGUUCAUUUACGGAUCUUCACAAGUAAGAAUUUGACAGAGCCAAGGGAAAGGCACAAUUUAAGGGAUUCCCAACUCACUGUUACACCAGAAGGCCUUAGGCUAGGAUUUCUCAGGGACUUCCCCCACCAUCCCAGGAGCUCAGGAUUGAAGCAGGGCUACAAGAGCCCUAGAGAGCCAGGGCUAUGCUUGGAUGAAGAUACAAAGGUAUUCUUAAUACAAUGUCUCUUUGCAGUAAGAAACUUAAAAACGUGGACUUCUUCAUUGUUCAUGUAAGGCGGAUGAAUUCAUUCACCUUAGCCUGGGAGCUAUGGAAAAGGGAGAGGGCCCAACUUGCAUUAUUUCCCUCAAAUCCAUCCUUUUUCACUCUUCCUCAUGCCAUGAAUGUGAUCAUUUAAUAUGUUUUUGCAAAAAAGAUUAUUCUAUACAAUUCCAUAAAAAGAAUCACCCACGGGAGAAUUUCUGUAUUGGUACAAGUAUAGGCCCACUUUCCCACCAAAUUAGUUAAAAGUUAAAAGUUAUAUUAAAGUGUGAUCUAUCAAAUUGGUAUUACUUUUUAGUGUAUACCUAUGGAUUUAUUGCUUUUAAAAAAGAUUUCAUUUUUACAGGUGUAACCUGUGUUUGGGGGUUGAGGGAGAGGGCCAAUAUAUGAUAUAUAAAUAUAUUUUUUCAAACUUGAAAGCUAGGGAUCAUCUAUAAAUUAUGUUAUUUUGGGGGGACACAAGAACAGUCCUGUGGAUUGCCUCAAUCAACAUUGAAAAGUUAAAUACAGGACUCUUGGAAAGGCACUCUUGUUUUAAGGUUAUUUCCUGGUUCCAAUUGACAGCCUGCACUGAUACUGCUUUGCUGAUAGAGCUACACUGAAUUCUGUUUGAAGUAUUCCAUGUAACAGAUGUGAACCGAAGGCCCCGUCUGUGUCAAAGUUUAUCCCAGAGAAGAUGUCCUCUGUAUAGUAACUAUUUAAACUACCUACCUGUACAUGUUAAGUAUUCUUAAUAAAAUUUUGAAAUUUUU